UCCUUUAUAUCGCUUGGUUUUUAAAAAUUCAUAACCCUCGAAAUUGCUUACGACAAUGAGAGAAAACAACUUUGCAGCUGUAACCAACCAAGCACAAAUAGAAAUAAAGAACCUUUCGGAUUGGGUCUUAUUCUGGAACAAAAGGGAUUUAUUAGUUGAGAAUAUUCGAUGCAGGUGGCUUGUGACAUGUCAUGCGUGGUGAGUCCCACCAACAAACACUAGAGACUUCAAGUUGAAUCUAUUUUAGAACUCGAACGGGAACACGAUCAAGCGACACUAACAUGUCGAACAGUACGCUGCUGAGCGCUCCAGAAUGGGAAAGCUACUUCUCCGUGGUGAGAUUCUCGAUUGUUUUCCUCUCUUUUCUUGCGGUGGGAACUGUAUUGGUGAACGGGAUUGCGCUACUUGCCAUUUACAAAGAUCCGCUCAGGUGUUUCCGAACUCCACUCACGAUUUUCAUAACAGGGAUUCUCAUAUCUAACAUGGCAACUGGUCUCUUUGUUGAGCCAUACUUCGCAGUGGUGUAUUCUAUGUUACACUUCACAAACGAGCUAGCCGACGAGUCCUAUAUGACAGUCGUACGCAGUGCACAAGUGAUCUCAUCCGUGACGAUCAAUGCUUCGUUCUUAACACUAUUAGCACUCGCUAUCGCUCAACUGAUAUCACUUUAUAAACCGCAAAUUUACGAAAAAUGGAUCACUAGAACCGCCUCAGUUGCUACUGUAGCCGCAAUAUGGAUCUAUGUCGUCGUCUUCUCUCUCCUACCAGAAAUCUUCACGAUGAACAUCGGUCUAUUUUUCCUUGUUGAUCUCGCCCUUCACAAUACGCUUUUGACAGUCGCACUAAUUUCUAUCUACAUCGGCACAUUCAUCGUCUUUCACAAAGCCGUACAACGGAGCGAAAUUGCAAACGAAAACCAAAACAACCGACCAAAAGCAGAAAAGGAAUUCAUCAAAGGCACAUUUAUUCUUACAAUGUUGCUUAUCUUGACGGUCUGGCCAUUUAGUAUCGCGCUUUAUAUUUGGCUUCUUAGACCUUACAGUAGUGUAUCGAAGAUUCUACAGGAGCAAAUCGCAUUGUAUCUAUGUGAUAAUAUCCUGUUUCUCAAGUUUUUGUGGGACCCUGUAGUGUUUAUAUGGAGGGUGCCCAAGUACAGACAAUCAGUCGUAUUAUCUUUCGCGGGCAUUUUAGAAAAGUUUGGCUGCGUGCAGCAAGCCGGUCAAGCAGUCAGCUACCGAAGGCAGCACGAUGACAUCACGAAUGCUGGCAAUAAUGAACCAACAGUCGUGAUUGAAGAGGGCACAGUCGGUAGGCAAUCGGAAGAAGUCGGGGAGAACACGAGAGUUGGAGCGAAGAACGAGGCGGCUGUUGGCGAAAUUUCCGAAACGCAGGAAAACCGAUUAGCAUCCGAUGAACAUCCAGCACAGACAAGAAAUCCCAUAUCUCCCAUCGGUAAGGAUUCGGAAGUAACGACAAAUGCCACGACUUUUGAAGAGGAUUUGGAAGAAAGGAGCAACAAGGUAGUAGUUACGGUGGUGGGCGAGAAAAGUAUCGACAAGUUGACGAUGUCGGAUACAAUGAAAACAUAAAAAAAAUGAAUUGAUAAUAAGUGGCAUAUCAUUCUCAUUCAUAUUUUAAGAUAAAUAAACAAGGACUCAAUAUAGAUGACUUGCGUAUAGAAAAAUAUGUUGCAACACGGAUAUUCACGGCAUAGUUUAAAUUAACUAAAGAGGGUUUUAGCUUAGAUAGUAAAGAAAGAAAAUACAAAUCCAAGGAAAAAUUAUACAAAAAUCUACAGGCGUCCACAUAUGUUCACUAGCAAUAGUAUACCAGCAAUAAAAUGAUUUUUUUUU